GAGAGGUUGAGGGGACAGAGUGGCUGAAGGAGGUGGUAACCGCCCCCCCCCCGGUGGAGAAGCUAUGUCGGAAGGGCAGGUGCAGGGAGGUACCCGGGUGGAGGCUCCAGGACAGACAUGGGCCUCUGGUCUCCAGCAGAAACCUCACUGGAUUAUAUUACCAUUAACUGUUGGAGUAAUGGUUGGUGGCUAUUUUCUGUAUCGAAUGAUUAGGAGUAAAAUAGAAAGGAACAGCAGAGUGAACCGAGCAAUCAGCAAAGAUGUUGCCAAAGUGGUUCAUAGUUUUGAUAUUGAAGAUUUGGGUGCCAACACGGCCUUUUGCAGAUGUUGGAGAUCUUCAAAGUUCCCUUACUGUGAUGGAUCUCACGAGAAGCAUAAUUUAGAAACUAGAGAUAACGUUGGACCUUUGAUCAUAACAAAACUCGCUUGAGUUACUGAAUACUCUGGAAUCAUUUCUAGCCUUUGCAUGCACAUUGUAAUUACAGUUCUCGUUUAAAAGGUUGAAUUGAUAUAUGGUGCUUUUUAAGUUACAAGUUCAGCAUUUUCAAAUCUCAUUGCAAGGAUGAAUUAAGAAAAAAGGUAAAACAUUUUGCAGAAUGAACUACUUCUGAAAUGUGGAGGCUAUAUGCAGCAAAGUGUUAUGAAUAUAACUACUUCUGUGUCUAUCACACAGGAGAAAGAAAUGUUAAACUCAUUUACAAUCUUCUAAUUAUACUGUUUUAUUCAUUUCCAAACAAAAAAAGGGUUCCAUGAUCAGCACUGUUACAUGGGUACUUAAUAGGGGUUGUGUUCACUACAAAGUUCAUAGUGCACAAUUUUUUAAUUUGAUUUGAUUAACAUGAGCUUUAGUGUCUGCAAGGUAAAAUAUAUUGAAUCUUUUUUUUGGAUAAAUGUAGUAGCUAAAAUUUUAUUCUGGAUUUAGUAGUUUGUCUUUGUUUGGAUAUUAAAGAAAAUCAGGUUUUUUAAUGCAAAAAGUAUAGCUUUCUUUAAUAUCAGAAUAGAUACUGAGUAAUAGUUGCAACUGAGGCAAAACACCACUUUUAAAUAAUGAAAAUUUAAAGAAGUGCUGAUACUGGAAAUCUGAAGCAAAAACAGAAAUUGCUGGGGAAACUCAGCAGGUCUGGCAGUACCUGUGGAGACCAUGCAGAGUCAGCAUUACAGGUCCAGUGACCGUUUUUCAGUUCUGAAGAAAAAUCAUUGGACCUAAAAUGUUAACUCUGCUUUCUGUCCACAGAUUCUGCCAGAUUUCUCCAGCAAUUUCUGCCUGUUAAAUUAUGGUCCCUUACCAUAAAUGUCAGCAUUUCAUUUGCCUUCCUAAUCAGUUGCUGUACUUGCAUACUAACCUUUUGUGAUUUGAUGUACUUAAAUACCCAGAGCUAUUUGUACCACAGUGUUCUGCAAUUUCAUCCUGUUCAAGCAACAUUUUCUUUUAAUUCUUCACGCUACCGGUGGACAAAUUUUACAUUUUUGUACAUCAUACCACAUUUACAAAUCUGUGCUGCAGUUAUGCAAACUUUCUCCAGUUCAAUAAUGUACUAGUGCAAACACCUCAUGGAUACCAGUCUGAGUUGCUAGAUCUGGCCUUGUUCUGCUUUGACAUUGUAGCAUGAUUGAGGACCUCCUUAUUAUGAGGGUGAAAUUUUGCUUUGAGGAGGACUGUAUAUUGGUCACUCCUCCCAAUACCAUCAUUAAAGGAAUGUGUACAAUAGGUUGUUGGGACUGUAACUAGUUUACUUCCUUAAUUUGGCUGCCUUACCACCUGAUACAGGGUUAUAUAGUGAUUGAGAAUUCCUUAACUUGAUUUGAUCUGAAGCCGAGAUUGCACAAAAUCUAAGUUGCAUAGUCCCCAAGUUUAGUUCAGUUUAACUACCCUGUUAAUGUGACAGAACAUACUUAAGAGUGAAGGCCAUAAGGGAUGCAUGUAAGUUUAAUAUAAGUUAUGAUGAUUUAAGGUAGAUCAUAUGUUGAGUGCAUCUUCACACCACCCAGAUGAGAAAAUCCAUGCGUUGUUAUCAAAGCUAUUUUUUUCCCUAUUUGAAGCAAAGACCAGGAAACAAUAACAUUAAUAUCUUCAGUGACUGGGAUGUAUAAUGCUGAAUUUUCUAAUACUUUGUUGUUGUAAUAUUUUAUUUGCAAAUAUGUUUUAAAAAUAAAAUUCUUUUGCCUGUUUUUGAACAAUUGUUUCCAGAUGUAUCAUCCAUAUUUAUACAACAUUAAUGUAUUGAAUAUCCUCUGUAUUUUCUUUUGUAAAUCUAUCCAAACCACCAUCCGUUUCUGUAAGUACAUACAGUCAACUUGGUCUCUGUCUUUUGUCAGUAAAGUUACAAGUAUUUGAAUUCAC